UUUCACAGUUACAAAUCCAUAAUAUCUAGUUUAGUACUUCGAUCAACUUUCAAUAUUAUAGCGAUUAUAAUAUUGAAAGUUGACCGAAGUAAUUAAGAUAAUACCGAUUUUUUCAUUCGUAUUUGAAAAAACCGGUGUUUCUAGAAAAUUUGAUAAAAAUCCUUGUAUCCAAAUGAUAAGGGUUGCUUAUGAUCCCUGCUCUGUCAAUCAAGACUGACAUAUUUUUGUUUACUAUUUCAUCGCUUCAUCCAACUUCAUAUAUUCUUUGCUAACAGACCUGUGAUUCACAUAUUCGUUGGUUUUCAUCAUAUAGUCUAGUCGUUCAAUCAAGAAAUAUACCCGUUAUAUUCUACUGUUGAGAACUUGAGACUUCAAGCUUUACUUUAUCUGUUUGUCUGCAAUGUGUUCAACCAGUAAUAAAAAACCUACUGUGUUUAUCUUAGACGGGGGUUUUUCAACCCAGCUGUCAUGCCAUGUCGGGACUACCGCGGACGGCGACCCAUUGUGGAGCGCGCGCUUUUUACAGACACAUCCUGAAGAUGUAGUCAAAACUCAUCUUGAUUUCUUGCGAGCCGGUUCUGACAUUAUCAUGACCAAUACUUACCAGGCUUCCAUUGGAGGCUUCGUUAAACAUCUUGGCGUCACUCCAGACGGAGGAUAUUCGCUCAUCAAACUGGCUGUUGAGCUAGCUAAACGAGCUCGGAGCACAUACCUAGAGGAGAGCCAAGUGUCCGGCACACUUCAACGCGCUCCCUUAAUCGCCGGUUCCGUGGGGCCUUACGGCGCACAUCUACACGAUGGCUCCGAGUACAGCGGCUCCUAUGCUGAUGAAACAUCUGUAGAGACGAUGCUUGCGUGGCAUGCUCCAAGAAUUAAGGCAUUGGUGGAAGCUGGAGUAGAUUUAUUGGCUUUUGAAACAAUUCCGUGUUUAAAAGAAGCUGAAAUGCUUGUGAAGAUGUUGAAGGAGUUCCCGAAUAUCAAGGGAUGGUUGAGUUUUAGUUGUAAGGAUGAAAAUUCAUUGGCAAAUGGAGAAGACUUCAAGACUGCUGUCAAAACAUGCUGGGACCUGAAUCCUAACCAACUAGUAGCAAUUGGAGUAAACUGCUGCUCUCCUGCCAUUGUGGCAAAGCUAUUUAAUAGCAUUAGUAGUGAGAAAGGUCCAUUGCCAAUACCAUUCAUCACAUACCCUAAUUCAGGGGAGAAAUAUAGUCCCACUAUAGGUUGGACCGAACAGGACAAGUGUGAAGGUCUGGCCACAUUCAUCCCAGAGUGGCUGGACUGUGGAGUCCGGUAUGUGGGUGGGUGCUGCAGGACAUACGGAGCCGACAUAUCCCUUAUCAAGAAUCAAAGAAUAUUUGGGAUUUCUGUUAGGAAAAAAGAAAGGGAUGACAAAAUUAAAGCUCUAAUGAAAACAAAUGACGAAUUAAUGCAACAGAACUUGAAUCUGAGCCUUGAGACUUGUAAACUAAAGAAAGAAAUAGGGAAGCUUAACGACGACAAGUUCUCGGAGUACCUGACGCUGAUGCGCGAGCGCGACGCGCGCUACACGCUCUACUUCGAGAACGUCAGCUUGCAGAUGAAGCUCAAAGAGCUGGACGGCAGCUCCUACCCCGUGGACGAGGCCUACGGGGACCCCGUCGUCUUGAGGAUAGCUCUCGACAGGUGCAGGGAACAGUUGUCAUUAACCCAGACCGAAUUGAAGAAAAUGACAGACGAGUAUGCGGACACAGUGCCGCGGCGCGAGUACGAUACUCUGGAUGCAAAGCACUGCGAAAUAACCAAGGCCCUGGACAAGUUAGCAGGAGAAUACAAAGCUCUACGAGAGAGCAAUAAACGGCUUUUGGCUUCUAAGGCGUCAAUUGAGGAAGAACUAUUUGAGAUCAAAGAGCGUUGCAACGAGAUGGAACGCGCGGGUACUCCGCGGCCGCAGUGGGAUCUUUGUGCGGACUUUAUUGGAGGAGGAAAAGACAGAUGGUGGCAACUAGCAAGCGGCCUCUCAUCCAGGGACAUUCUCAGAGUGUUGCUGAAAGAGCUCGGGCCUGCCGCGGAGAGUGAUCAUCUGGAACAUUUCGAUGGACUUGGUACGGAUCCAGUAAUACCACCAUACUUACGCUACGAAGGCAAGGUCCGUAAUUUGCGGCUGUCGCGGCGGGAGAUCAGUGUCAUCAUCAACGACAUCUGGCUCGGCAAGUUGCAGAGCCCCGACAUGCCCAUGCAGGAUUAUGUCACCAAGUACUUCGAGGACAGAUAUCAGCAGCCGUCAAUACGCGCCGAGUGGGCGUACAACCUGUGCGCCGGCGCGGAGCAAAUGCUGGACGAGCCGCAGGUGAAGCUGUUCUGGGGCGUGCUGCACGGCCACCUCAGCGAGCACAUCUACUGGGGCCACCGCGCGCACUGGCGGGCACUGCGCGACAGCCUCUACCGCCACGCCAAAGAUCAAGAGACAAUACCGAUAGAAGAAUUUGAGAAGAUAUCAAAGGCAACGUUUCCGCUGAAAAGUGAGGUGGAUAUCAAGAAUUUAAUGGAUGUCGUACGCAAGCAACUCAAACUUAAGUUAGGAAGCAACGAUAUUAACUUGGAUAAACUAUUUCAAGAGAAUGAGGAAGGUUUCGACCGAGUAGAGUUCGCUCGCGAGCUAUAUCGUCAACGACAACUAGCCCAAGACAAAUAUAUACGGGAGGUACUAGCUGAGCUCGGCGGCAAACACGCAGCUAACAAGACUGUCACUGUGGACAAUUUGAAGCGGGCAUUUGCUAUUGUCGAUCCAGCUAUAGAUCACAUUCGGAUGGAGCGCUACAUUCGCUGGGCGUUUGCCGAUCGAACGUCUGAGUUAAAUUGUAUCUCACCAAUACCGUUACGUACACUGACUACGCGAUUGGCAGCCGGGGAUAUUGAACGCGUCGGACCAAGAUAUCGUGGCACACACCGCAGAACAACUUAUAAAUAAUAUUAUUAAAAUUGUUAAAUUACUU